CGUUGAGUGUCGUGGUACAUUAGCAUCGUAGAGUGUCACAUCCUACUAACGUCAAAAGAAGAGGCUAUAUAAUGGAUCCUCAGCCUGUUCCCUCUGCUGCUUCUUUGGUUGCAAAACCUGAGUCCAUCAUCAAGAAAGUUCCAGGAAAACUGGUCCCCCUUCCUAAGGAAAAGGAUGUGUAUAUGGGUGAUCUUUCUAAGAAAAGCGUCGCGGAGCUCAAAGAGCUUUUGGAACGUCAAGUUAGAAUCUUGUCAAACAAGUCUCUAGUUAACAAGCUUGCUGACAAAGGAAGCAAAGCUACUGAACUCAAAGAAAGGAUUGAAAAGGAGUUACAAUCUAGAGAUGAUGUCAAUAAAGCAGCAAAUCUUUUAUCGGCUAUGAGUCUUAAUCAACUGAAUGCCCUUGAAUGGACAGGCCAUUGCACUCCAGGUCUUCGUUACAAACAUCCAACUCAUGAAUCAGUCACUAACAUAGAUUAUGAGGAAACUGAUCCUCUAAAAAUCUUAGUCUCUCACAGUGGAACAACAGAUCACCAAAAACAUCUAAGGAUUUUGAAGCCAGAGGCGAGCCUCAUCAAGCCUGAAGAUCUCAUUGUUUCUGAUGAGGAUCAUAAUGAUGAAAAUAUUCAAAGAGUGGAAUCGAAACAAGAUAAAGAAUCAGAUGUAAUAAGGAAUGAAACCUCUGAUCCUCAAGAAAACAAAGAAAAGUGGGAGCAGAAGUUUUCACCAACAUUUCCUCUCCCUGAUGAGCCUGAGCCAUUUGCACAUUUUAUUUGUGAACGUUAUGGCCACAAAGAAGCAAAAGAAAGGUUUAAACCAAAUAAACCACUGAAGCCAUUCACAGGUUCAUUUCCUCUGAAGCCUACUGGCAGAGUGUCAUCCAAGCCUAAACGUUGGGAAGAAACCAAUGUAACCCCACCCUUGCCACUUCAUCCUGAUACUAAGUUACUCUCCAUUGAGGAAUCUCUUGAACUUCAGCGUGAGCAGAACCAGAAACUUAAGGAGGUACAAAUGAGACAUGCUGCUGAAAAGUUAUCUUCUCUUCAUGGAAUUAGAAUGGCCGAAGAUAUUCCCAUUAGUAUUGUUAAUAGCAUGGCCUACAGAGGGCAGGCGGAAUGUAACAGUGAUUCAGAUGACGAUUGUCUGAAUGAUACUGAACUUGAAGAAAAUCAUGAUGAAGACCAGCUCGACACUGGGACAACUGUUGUCUAUACUGUUGAGACAUAGCUGCAACAAAUUUUUUCAUAAAAACGUAACUUUUUUUUUUUUUUUUGAAAAUGUGAUUUUCCAUGUAAGUACCCUUACUUCUCUGUGUUCCAUACCAACUUAUCUGUUUCAUCCUGUAAUUUCUUAAACAUAUUUGAAAGCAUGAGUGUUUAUUGUAUGAAAUGCUCAUUAGUAUUUAGUAAGCCAAUGCUUUAUUUGUCACUUACUACCUUUUUCUGUUCUUGUAUUCAUUAUUAAUUUAUUGCACUAACUUGAAGCAAAGUUACAUACAGACGAUAAAAGCACAACGACCAGUUACAAUAAAAUUUCUAGAUUUGA